AUGGUGAAGGCUCAAAGUGAAGUGAGGCAAGUUUUUAAGGGAAAGAAAAACUAUGGUGAAGAAGACAUUGAAAAGUUGACACACCUAAAGUUAGUGAUUAAGGAAACACUAAGGCUACAUACUCCAGUUCCUCUUAUAGGACCUAGGGAAUGUAGGGAGAAAACAAAUAUAGAUGGACACACCAUUCCUCAUAAUACUAGAGUACUUGUCAAUGCAUGGGCACUUGCAAGAGAUCCGAAAAAUUGGGAAAAUCCUGAAAGUUUUAUACCAGAGAGAUUCGAGAAUUCUUCGGUUGACUUUAUGGGAAAUCACUUUGAGUUUAUCCCGUUUGGUGCAGGAAGAAGGAUGUGUCCAGGAAUACAAUUUGGUUUAGCUAAUGUUGGACUUCCUUUGGCACAGUUACUCCACCACUUUGAAUGGGAACUCCCAUAUGGAGGUAAUCCAAAAGAUUUGGAUAUGACUGAAACACAUGGAUUAACUGCGUCAAAAAUGAAAGAUUUGUAUUUAAACGCCACAAAUUAUAGAAACGAUGAAGAACUUUGA